AUGACCAUAACCGGGAAGCUGAACGCGGAGGAGGACGCGAUCUUCCUGAAAGUACAGAUCGCCGACGAGGCGACAGGGCACGCGCGCAACAUCUACUUCCCGUUCGACAUGGCGAGCGACACGGCGGUGGAGAUGGCGCAGGAGAUGGUGAAGGAGCUGGACAUCACGGACCGGGACGCGUCGGAGAUCGCUGCCAUGAUCCAGCAGGAGAUCGGCAGGCUGCUGCCGGGGCGAGCGCAGCAGCAGCACGAGUACACGUACGCGGAACGUGACGACGACGACGACGAAAACGACGAGGAGCGGCCUCCGCCCUUCUGCUGCUACCUCUCCUCAUCUCCCGCCUCCUCACAUGGCUCUCACUGCGGGGUGGGGCCUUACACCUCCGGAGGAUUCUCUGGUCCACGUGGCGGUGGCUGGUCCAAAGUUGGUGUAGAUCAUCAUCACUGGUACGCUUUAAGCGACGACGAUGACAUGAGCUCCGUGCACUCCGGUGCCGACGAGGCGGAGCCCAUGCCCGGCUGCUGCACCGGCAGCGGCUCAUCCAAGACAAGGUUCGGUGGCAGCGGUGGCAGCAGCUCCGCCGCCGUGCAGCUCGCGCGGCAGCUGCAGCGGCAGUGCAGCAUGUCGCCGCAGCACCAUCACGCUGGGCGGCCGCGGCGGCGGGAGGACAACGACGGGACCAGCCGGCGGAGGAGGAUGACGCGGAACCGGUCGAUGGUGGACAUGCGGAGCCAGCUGCUGCACCGCACGCUGGUGGAGGAGCUCAACCGCCGCCUCUUCUUCAACACCGUUGGCGCCGUCGAGAACAUCGGCUUCCGCGCGCCCACCACCACCUCGCCCUCCGCCUCGUCGUCGUCCGUUCUCAUUUGUUUCACAAAUAUGUAA